AUGCCCGGCUGUGACACCACGCUCCGGGCGGCCGGGACGGCGGCGCCAACUACACGGCGGCAGCGCGAGCCGGGGGGAGGGGGCGAGGACGCGUCCGGUUACCCGCGGAGAGCGAGCGCCUCCUGCACCUUCCCUUCCUCCCGCUCGGCCGCCUGCCCUCCUCCCCCCGCCGCCGCCGCUGCCGCCUGGUCCUUCUCCGCCUCCUCCCGCCGCCGCCGCUGGUGCCGCCGCUGCCGCUCCACCAACUACAUCCGGGCAACUCGGCCGCGGCCGCCUUCGGGAAACCUCGGCAGUUUCCGCCACUCCCCUCCUCUCCCACCCUCGGCCUUCCUCCCCACCCCGCGCGGCUCCGGAACGUCGCCUUCGGCAAACCUCGGGGCUGGUCCCGGGGCCUCCGGGCUGCGCGGGGUGGGAGCCGCCUUCGGGAGGAGGACCGUGGGGCGCGAGGGACGCCAUCGCGGACUAAAUGCGGAGCGGCGGCGGCUGCGCGUGCGCCCAGAGGCGCAACGGCGGCGGGGGCGGGGUGCCCUCGGCGAGUCGGCCGCGGCCCCCGCCCCUCGGCUCCGCGCGGGGGUCGGAAAGCCCCUAAUUGGGCGGCGAGCUGACGGUUGCGGCGGGGCUGCCGCGUGGGCCGGGGCGGAAGUCUUCCCUCCGCCGGCCACUGGGACCGGAACGAAGCGGCGAAAUGCCGCUUUGCGGACCCGGGCCCGCGGCGCUGCAGACGGAAGUCCUCCCGGAGAGGCCGGAGGACCGGCCGGGAGCAGAGCCCCUGACAGCCGGACUCUUCUCAGGCGACUCCACUUCCCGUUCCUCUCUGGAGGUUCCUCCUCACCGAAAGAAAAUUCAUUUGGAGAUCCUGGGUGUGACUGUUUAAAAUUCUGUUUUGGAUGCCUGGUGGAGGAGAAAUUACAACAAGCUCUUCUUGGUGUUGGUGACAUUCGACUGAUUUAUUGUUUUUGCCCUGAGCACGGACAUAACGGGGAAAUCCCAUCUUGUGUUCCUGGGCCAUGGCCACUCAUACUUGGUCCAAGUUCUUCCAAGAAGCUAUCAUAUUCCUACUGAGGUGAGAGCUGUGUGUUUGCCUUGACAGCUUGAACAUCUGAACCCGGAGCCCCAGGGAUGAUCCACUUUUACUGGAGAAGUCACCCAGAUUGACUUACAGAACCAAAUUCUCUAUCAAAGGAAAAUAUUGCUAUGGUAUCUUUUACUAAAAUCUACAAAGAGAGAUGAGCUUGACAUUGUCUUAAAAAAAGAAUUUCCAUUUUUAAAGGCAGCCCUUUCUGCUGAUUUGCUCUAGAAACAGGAAGAUCUUGAUCAGUCUAUACAACAAGCUUCACCUGCUCACCUUUUUGCUUUCAUGGCUGGCAAGAUAGCUCAGUGAACGUGUGCUGUGCAAGCCUGGUGACCUGAGUUCC